AUGGGUGUCGGUACGGGAAACGGAGUGGCCGAACGAGUGAAACUUGAGAGAGAUGGGCACAGGGCAAGGCGGCGCUUGCUGAGCGAAUCAUUGCCGCCUCAGGCUACCAAGGCUACCAAGGCUACUAAGGCUACUAAGGCUACUAAGGCUACUAAGGCUACCAAGGCUACCAAGGCUGCUCAGCGAAGCCCCCUUUCCUUUUCCCCCUUUCCAGCUGUCUUGUACUCUUUAUGUGCUCGAGAUAUAGUCUGGACUAAUGCAACUACAGAGAAGUACAGCUCCAGCUCCAGCUACGGCUACAGCUGCAGUACAGCUACGGCUACAGCUACAACUACAGCUACAACUACAGCGACGGCUACAGCUACAACUACAGCUACAACUACAGCGACGGCUACAGCUACAACUACAGCUACAACUACUGCUACAGCUACAGCUAGUACAGCUACGACGUGA